CCCUCCCCACCCACUGUGACUAAAAAAAUCCCAUCUCUCUCUCUCUCUCUCUCUCUCAUCGGACUCUCUGAGCAGCCAUGGACAACAUUGGUGAUGAGUACAAACAUUACUGGGAAACCAAUAUGUUCCUCCAAACUGAAGAGCUUGACAGCUGGGGAUUGGAUGAGGCUUUUUCUGGGUACUAUGAUUCCAGCUCACCAGAUGGAGGAGCUUCUUCCAUGGCCUCCAAAAACAUUGUGUCUGAAAGGAACAGGAGGAAGAAGCUCAACGAAAGGCUCUUUGCUCUUAGAGCAGUGGUCCCCAAAAUAAGCAAGAUGGAUAAGGCUUCUAUAAUCAAAGACGCCAUUGACUACAUCCAGGAGCUUCAUGAACAAGAAAGAAGAAUUCAGACAGAGAUAGGGGAGCUAGAAUCUGGGAGAUCAAAGAAAAAUCUGGGUUCUGAAUUUGAUCAAGAGCUACCAGUCUUGUUGAGGUCAAAGAAGAAGAAAAUUGAGCAGCUCUAUGAUUCCGGAGGAUCAAGAACUUCCACCAUUGAAGUGCUUGAACUUAGGGUUACAUACAUGGGGGAAAAGACAGUGGUGGCUAGCUUGACAUGCAGCAAAAGAACGGACACAAUGGUAAAAUUGUGUGAGGUCUUCGAAUCUUUGAAGCUCAAAAUCAUUACAGCAAAUAUUACUGCUUUCUCUGGGAGAGUCUUGAAGACAGUCUUCAUUGAGGCAGAUGAAGAAGAAAAAGAUCAUUUGAAGAUUAAAAUUGAAACAGCCAUUGCAGCUUUGAAUGAUCCACAAAGCCCCAUGAGCAUAUAAUUAUGACAACAAACUGAUCCAUGAAUCAAGUUACAUUUUUCACAU